GAGCGUUGCUAGGCAUUUGACACAACUGUGAGGGUAAAUGAGGAAGGGUGGCGAGCUCUCGAUCAUUGUAAAACAUGGGUGAAUCCGUCGUAUUAAGCAAAAGCCAUCCUCGAAAUGGAAGCAAAUCUGCUCAAGGGAAGCCGUUUAAAGUUAUUACACCAAUAUUUGCUUUUCUAGUGAUGAUUUUUUGCACUUUUUGUUUGUUAAGCCACGGAGAUUCGAUCUCGGACGCCAAUUUAACAAGAUCACAAAGAUAUCGGCGAAAUAUCGCGGGAGUGACGGGAAAUAUUACAGUUAUGGGAAAAAUAAACUUCAAAAGUGGCUCCGAACCGGAGUCUAUCCCAGCGAACUCGCAUCUGAAAGUCACCUUCGCCGAUUCGAGCAAACAAGAUGGCGGACACGAAAUCUUAGUGGUAACUCAAGUCGAUGUAAGCGUUUACAAGAAAGGUGCAUCUUUCCAUUACAGUGUGGUUAGCAAGAGACCCGACAAAGAGCAUUCAGAUUAUCAAGUAUCGGCUGUAUUGAACAUGGGCUGGGCGUCCAAUGUAAAGGAUAAUUGGAUUCGUAGUGGUGACUAUCACACAGAUACUGCACAUCCAGUGAAUAUUACAGAUAGUCAAAGCUUGUACACAGUGGAUAUCGAGCUAGUAAAGUAUACUAGCAGCACUGGUCAUGUCUCUAUAGGUAACAUUGUCCUUGUUUGCUCAAUGCUUGGAUCUGCCCUGUAUUUGUUUUGAAGAUACAAUUAUGAAAACUGAGAUAAUAUGAAGAUAUAGAUAGAAUAUUAUUAAGUAUAAAUAAUAGGUGCAUAGUAUGGCACUUAUAUCAAUUGAACCUUGAUUUUUAACCCAUUGAUCUCUUGUCUGAUGCAUACUUUCAAGACCAUUCAUCUCUUAGACUAAUGCCUGGAUAUUUUAAUCUUGUUGUGUUUAUUUUUUCUUUUUUCUUUUUUUUUUCUUUUGGCUUGUGGGUACUUCUUACCACCAGUAUAGGCAGAUUGAGGGAUCAAUGGGUUAGUGUGAUGUAGUCAGCACCCUUCUUAAUGUGAAUGUAAACUUGAGAAGAAUAAAGAACUGCUUACAUCUGCAUGGAACUGUGCAUUUUUGUAAUCAAAAUUCCUUGAAAAAUAUGUUUACAGAUGUAUUUUUUUAUUACCUGUCUAAUUUCAAAUUCAUUUCUUAUUUGGAGAUAAUGUGAAAUUAUGAAGUUAUUUUGAGUAUUACUAUAAGAAUUUUAAAAAAAAUCCAAAAUUUAUAAACUAUUUAAAACUUCAGACCAAGUUUUCGAUUUUACCUUUUUUUCCUCUGCUUGUUCAGUGCAUUUCUGUCAGAUGACAUAUUGGCAAUUCUAAGUUUAGUUCAAUGAAAACACUUCAAGGCCUUAGACUGGUGGAGCUGUAACCGGUCUCGGAGUAUAAGAGGGCAUGAUAGAGAAAAUUUAAGAAAAUAUUUGAGGGCGCAACAAUGCCCCUAUUGGUCAUUUCCUUAUAAUUUAAAUAUUUGGGGGAGGGGAUGUGCCAUGGCCCUGACCCAUAGCUGUCAGACUCACUUUAGGAAAAAUAUUAAGAAAAUGCAGUAAAUGUAUCAGAAGAUAGCUAAUGUGGGAGAAUACAGUAAAUGUAUGGAUAUUUUCAAGAAAGUUAGGCUUGAGAAAAGGUUCAAAAUCUUGAGACUCCCGCCUAAUGCAGGAGAGUUGACAGCUAUGCUGGCCAUAAAGUAAUAUAUUUCAUGCUUCGAAUUCAUUAGCGCGAAUUCACAGAUUCCUCAAAAUCACUCAAUCAUUUGUUAGAAAACAGAUAUAUAAAUACAUAUAUAUUUCUUUAUUUAUAUGCAUUGUUAAAAUGUCACCCUCGUAAAAUAAAGGAUAUUGUAUUGUAUUGUAAUUUGGUUUGAUUGACUACCUAUAAUAUCAAAUGAUACUAAAAAGCCAUGACAAGUGUUGUAACAAUGAUGCUUACCGUGGGGUAUUAUAAAAACAAUAACGAUGAUAACAAUUGUAAUAAUAAUGUAAUAAAGCAUGACCAAACGUCCCAAAA